AUGGAUUCUCACCAAAAGAAUCUCGAAAACGUCGCCGACAACGAACGAGAUCCAGACUGCCGCGAUUCGAUGUCUGAUAGACACUCGUCUGAUCGGAGGCUUACAGACGAGCCGCAUAGUAAUGCGGGACCGAGUGAUGAUCUAUCAAAUAAUCUGGCUGAUUCUGGGCUAAAGAGGAAAUUGGCGGCGUCUCCUCUAGUAAGCGAGCCGCCAAACUCCAAGCGAGCUCGGCUUGAUGGUCCAGUUGACCAGGGAGCUAUACAGUCUGUGCAACAUGCUCCUCGAGACAUGGUAUCACGUCUCCCAGUGGAGGCAUGGCACCGUGUUUUCACAUUUGUUCCUCCACGAACUCUCGGCAGCUUGUUGACGGUGAACAAACAGUUCAACAGCUAUCUUGACCCAUCAUCUAAGUUCUGCUCUUCACCUCUUCCUACCUCCACUACCACUGGCGUUCUGCCGCAGUUGAAGCCUGAUGCUAUAUGGCAAGCUUCACGGCGUUUGUUCUGGCCGCGUAUGCCGGCAGCUAUGAAGGGUCGAUCAGAACUAGACAUGUGGCGUCUAUGUUGCUCACGAGCAUGCCAAUUUUGCAAGUUUCGUGGCCAGGCUGCCGCGGAUAACUUGCAGAACCAGUGGAAGCGAGGACCAGGCGCCAAGGGCGUCUCUCCCAUAUUUCCCUUUUUCAUUGCAUCUUGCGGUCGAUGCCUCAGUGAGAAGAACGUCAAGGAGAUUGAUAUACUGUUGAGCUCAUCGUUGCCAUCGGCCCUGCUUCCUGGGCUUCCGAUGGUGUUCUUGACCCGAGAAAACCAUGUGGUGUCACCUCAUGUGUUAUCCUCUGCCGGCCCAUUCCACGAACAAGUAACAAAAGUGUUUUGGGCGGACCAGAUCGAAAAGAUCAAAGGUGCUUUUGAGGACACCAAGGCUUUCGGACCUGCUGCCGCCGAAGAAUGGGUCAAAGGCCUUGAGGCACAGGGCAAACGUUCUGUCGCAGAUGCGGUCAGGUGGGAAAAGUGGUAUCUCGUUGGUGGAGUGCAUGACAUGCGUAGACUCAAUCCAGGACCUUUCCCUCACGCGGAUUCCAACAGCCAGGAUUCAAGAUCUGCAUAUUCACCAGAUUUUGGAAAUCCGGUUGCAACGGCCAAUGGGUCGUCUCACGCCAAACACAAGGAACGAGUUCUGAACCGUGAGCGAUUCGUGGUCGACCCCCGGUCCGGGGUGAUUUCCGUGGUACAAGACCAACCUGGUCUCCAUGUUGAUUCGGUUGCGGCCACCUCAACAGACUAUGCGAAUUCUUCUAGCUCCCCAAUGAGACUAAUGACGGAGCAAACAGAUACGCUAAAGGCAUUACGACGAGCUGAAAUUGAGCGACGGGCAUAUACUUUGCAACCACCAAUUCCACCCAAUGUUCUUGCUCGUUUACCUGCCUUCCUGGCAGCUAUCCAGCUCACAACGCCACUUGACGAUGAUGCUUGGCAACUUUUGAAGCGCCGUCUCCUUGAACAACAAAACGAGGGCCGCAGGCUGGACCGAGAAAGCAGAGCAGACUCCCAGCCUUUUGUGGAAGUCUUAACUCGGCAAGAUGAUGAUGGUCCUCGCGUUAACGGUGCGGUGACGGAUGCUGAGUGGAACGAAGUUCAGGGCCCAGUACGAGCACAGAUAUCAGCAUUUGCUGACGAGAUUAUCAAGCAAGAGUGGAAAGGUGGCCAGAAAGUUACUAAGAAGAAUGCUCCGCAGUUUGCGGCAGAUGUCCUCCUUUACGUUCGUAAGAAGUUUUAUGCGAGAAUCGCAAAGGAUAUUGAAGAAGCCAAGGCCUCAGGUGAACGCCUAACAACCGAGCCUUCUGAGGGACCUUGGACCCGGAAGCUCACGAUAGAAAAUAUGAAAUGGGUUUUCGACUGCAAAAUCAAACCGCACACCGGCAAUCUCCGCAGGGAGCUAUUUCUUUGCGGUUCCUGCAAGGGAUCCGUCAAGUUCUACGUCUUCGAAGGCGUGGUCCAACAUUAUGCGGCCAAACAUACCGAUGCUGAGCUUAGGCAACACCAUUGUCGCCUUCACCCGCAUUCGAAGUCGAAAAGCAAGACUUUAGAUGACUACUUCCCUCCGAAGUCUCAGCCUACACCAGCGUCUGAUCAUGGCGAGCAAGCAGCAACACAGCCAAGCGCCGAGUGCGGAAAUCGUGCCCCUACCGCUGAAAUGGGCGUCUCUACACAGUAUGGGCCAAACGGGCUUCCCGGCAUCAGUCAGCAUGAAUCUUGCCGGUCUGGCCACUUGUACGGUCGAAGUGUCUAUCCUCCACAUUCUCGGUUUCCGCACUUUCCGCACACUGAGCAACCUCCACCACGGGUAGAACCUUACUCUGAGACAUCGUACAUCGUGCCGGAAACAUCGCAGAUUACGGGCUAUGGCCCGAGCGUACUCAGUCCCGAGGAAGAAGCAGGUGCGAGAGCUAAAGACCACAAGUCUAGACAGUUAGAGCAGACCUUGGCGAUAGCGAAGCAAACGUGGCAGAGCAUCAUGAAUGUGAAGAGUCUGGAGAAUUCCGUCAGGGUGUGUGCGGUUAUCUACCAUACUGCAAUGUCGUUCCAGGAGAUGUUCUGUGAGGCACUUCCUCUGGGUCUAUUCCUCCAGGCAAUCACAAACACGACGAACAAUGCCCUUCGACUGGACCAUGUUGCUGGUUUGGCAUGCAAAGCUUGCAAGCUUGGUGCCCAUCCGGUGCUUCAAUCGAAGACUUACUCGCUAGCCAAGCUCUUGAAGCACUUUAAUGCCAAUCACAGCGAAAACGCCGCACCACCAGUUGAAAAACCACUUGACUGGCGCGUGGAUAUGAUUUGGCUCCCUGAAAUAUCUACAUUGAUGACAUUGCGAGAGAGAAUAGGCAACAACAAGGAGGCAUUCAAUGUCAUUUUCAACACGUUACCAUGGGCCUUUGAAACACCCAAUCGCCCGGAAGCCAGCUUUACUCAUGAUCUUACUCAGGUGUCAAGCCCACAAUGGCAGCAGCCAUCAAUAGUUGCAAACGACGUACCCAUCCGUGGCAACGAGCCUUCACCCCCUCGACUCGACCGCGACGGGUUCGAGUUUGUAGAACAACUCAACACGCCUGCAACACACAGUCGCAGACAGGAUGAACCCCGUACAAAUUCGCAAUUUCGAAUCCCACACACAGCACACGACCGCAUCAGCUACAAUCUCGGCUACCAAGAACAUACAGCAACACCUCUACCAAACUUUGCAACAAACGCCCGGAGCACCACCCACUCCGGACACGCUUAUUCAAACAGUCAAUAUCACCUACAUCACCCACAUGAAAACCGAGCAGUCGAAUCCUACGAAAUAGUAGAGGUUCACGAUCCCAAUGGUGACUACGUCAUUAGAAGACCAAGACUCGUCCAGCAUAAUCCCCAAGAGGGUAUCCACGAAUACGAAAAUCAUUCACAUCCUUAUGCGACUCGAUACCCUAAUGGCGGUCGCUACAUGAACAAGAACUCACGAUUAGAUCACGAGGAAUAUGAUCCCCGGUUUCCAGCCGUAGGAGGCGCUAGCUAUACGAGGUGA